AUGGCCACACCUCACCCAACACUGAGGGACAGGCAAGUCGCGUCCAUCGAGAAAAUCCUGAACCUCAAUCAGGCUCCCGCCCAGAGCUCCGACAUACACCAUGAUCCCAACGCUGACGGCCUUAUCCCGACAUCCGCGCCCAUACUGAACUCCGGCGAGCCAAUAUGGAAGGUGUUGGUAUUUGACAAUCUGGGAAGAGACGUGAUAAGCAGCGUGCUACGCGUAAAGGACCUGAGGGGGUGGGGCGUUACAAUCCACCUGAGCAUAAAUAGCACGCGGCAGCCCUUGCCCGACGUCCCGGUCGUAUAUCUGGUGGAGCCUACAGCCGCAAACCUGCAGAUCAUCACCUCUGAUCUUGCCCGAAAUCUAUACUCUCCCGCUUACAUCAAUUUCCUGUCCUCAAUACCGCGGCCUUUGCUCGAGGAUUUCGCAGCUCAGACAGCUGCAAGUGAGACUGCAGAGCACAUCGAAAGAAUCUACGAUCAGUAUCUGAACUUCAUCGUAACCGAGCCUGACCUGUUUAGCUUGGGAAUGGGAAAGGACACCUUCUGGACACUGAACAGCGCGCAAGCCAAGGAUGAGGAUCUUGACGCUAUCAUUGACCGGAUAGUGAGCGGUCUGUUCAGCGUGGCGGUCACCAUGGGAUCUAUACCCAUCAUCCGCUGUCCGAAAGGCGGUGCUGCGGAGAUGAUUGCGGCGAAACUUGACAGAAAACUCCGCGAUCACGUACUGAACUCCAAGGACAACAACCUGUUCUCAGGGGGCAGUCAGAAGUCUCCGACAGCAAUCGGCAUUUCUUCGUCGUCAAGGCCGGUUCUUGUCAUUGUUGACCGAACUGUUGAUCUCGUGCCAAUGCUUUCGCACUCGUGGACUUACCAGUCGCUGGUUCAUGAUGUGUUGAAGAUGCACCUAAACCGAAUCACGGUGGAAAUGCCUGCUGAUGAAAGCAACCCUGGCAAGGGCGUGAUAAAGCGGUCUUAUGAUCUUAAUGCAAGCGACUUCUUCUGGACUCGCAAUGCGGGAGUACCCUUUCCACAGGUCGCCGAGGACAUAGAUGCCGAGUUGACCCGGUAUAAGGAAGACGCCAAUGCGAUCACAAGGAAGACGGGUGUCUCUUCCCUUGAAGACCUACAGAACGAUACACCGGCAUCAGCGCAGCAUCUGAAGGCCACCGUAACACUACUCCCUGAGCUACAAGAGCGGAAAGGCAUACUCGAUAUGCACAUGAACAUUGCCACCGCCCUGCUCAAAGGCAUCAAAGACAGACAGUUGGAUAAUUACUACCAGAUCGAAGAGAACAUCACGAAGCAGACUAAAGCCCAGAUGCUGGAACUGAUCAAUGACAAGGAUAAGGGAACGGAGCCACUGGACAAACUCAGACUGUUCAUCAUCUGGUACCUCAGCACAGAUCAGGAAGUACCCAGAACAGAGAUGGACCGCUUCGAGGAAGCCCUGCGUGAGGCUGGUGCAAACACAGAAUCAUUGGCUUAUGUGAAGACCGUGCGCCAGAUUACUCGUAUGACUAUGAUGUCGUCCGCUCCCACCCAGGCCACACAGUCUUCCGCAGGCAAUGAGCUCUUCCGAGGCUUGGGCUCCAUUUCCAACCGCUUGACUGAUCGCUUCAAGGAGGCCGGCCUCGGAGCGAACUUCGAAAACCUCAUAUCCGGCGUCAAGAACUUCCUUCCCGUGAACAAAGACCUGACCCUUACCAAGAUCACGGAGUCCCUGAUGGACCCUGCGAACGCUUCUAGCUCGGCGAUCGCAAAAACGGAGAGCUACCUCUACUUCGACCCUCGGAGCGCAAACGCGCGGGGGACGAUGCCACCCGCCAGCCAGGCGAGGAACCAACAGGGGGUGCCAGGCUCCUUGGGUCGAGGCAUCGAAGCCAGCUUUGGGCAACGGCGGCAGGCGUUUAGCGAGGCUAUUGUUUUCACUGUGGGCGGCGGGAGCAUGGAUGAGUACGGAAACUUGCAGAGUUGGGCAAGGAGGGCGGCAGGAGGCGCUGGCACAGGGCCCAGGCGGAGGGUGGUGUACGGCAGCACGCAUCUGCCUAAUGCCGCGGAGUUUGUGAAUGAGGAGCUGGCGCGGUUGGGUCGGGAAAGCACAUAG